AUGAUCGGCAGAACUGCUUUCCGGCGGUUGGCGACAAAAGCAAGAGCAGUUGCUACUGGUUCUGGAGAAGGUCGAAGUAAUGCAGCAUUUGUCGAGACCAUACGGUCACGACAUGGUCUCCAACUGGAGUCUCUGGACCAGAAAUUGGAAGAAGCCGACCGACGGAGAACAGACUCUCAGGCCUCUUGUUUUCUGCUUCAUUCGCCGCCACCUCGGAACUACCUCAAUCUCUUGCAAGUCGAGUACUCUCUCGUGGAUGUCGUUUUGUCCGUGUCGGAUCAUCCGCAAUUCAUCACUGCAAUCUCGAAUGUGAUUACUCGUGAAUUCGCUAACAUGGGCACUCCUGUUGAAUGUAGCGUGAUUCUCCACCAUUUAAGGGUACCACUUUUAAUUGUACACCUGCAAAACGGACUUAGUGUGGACAUUCAAUUUCCUGAUGAAACCUUUCAAGCGAUAAGGAACACAAACCUAAUGCGGCAUUACGUCCACUGCGAUAAUCGAUUGUCAAAAUUGUUCCUCUAUCUACGAUUCCUUUUCGAUGCUCUGGAGAUACGCGACAGCAAGUACGGUCUUCUCUCUUCCUACCAUAUAUUAUUGCUGGCCGUUCAUUUUCUACAAAGUGGGCAGGCUCUUUCUCCUUGGUCAGUGUUACCGGUUCUAUGCAAAACUCACAGCAGCCUUGUCGGUGGCCACAUUCCUAUUGAAGAUGUCGUCACAGCUUUAGACUCCCGCCAUCAGCCAGUUGGUUAG